CGAUGCACAAUUGGCCUAGCGUCGUCCGGGUUAGGGAGGGUUUGGCCGGUAGGGAUAUCCUUGUCCCAUCGCGCACCAGCGACUCCUGUGGUGGGCUGGGCGCAGUGCGCGCUAACCGAGGGGGGCAGGUGCACGGUGUUUCCUCCGACACAUUGGUGCGCCUGGCUUCCGGGUUGGAUGCGCGCUGUGUUAAGAAGCAGUGCGGCUUGGUCGGGUUGUGUUUCGGAGGACGCAUGGCUUUCGACCUUAGUCUCUCCCGAGCCCGUACGGGAGUUGUAGCGAUGAGACAAGAUAGUAAUUACUAGCAAUUGGAUACUACGAAAAAGGGGGUAAAAAAAUUACAAUAAAAUGAGAGGAGAUCCCGCUAGCUGGAUAAAAUGAAAAUAUAUAUUUUAAAAGGAAUAACUGGAUUAAAAAGAGAGCUCAGUUCACGUAACAGGGUUGACCUUAAAAUGAGGGACACGUAACAGGGUUGACCUUAAAAUGAGGGACACAUAACAGGGUUGACCUUAAAAUGAGGGACAUACUUCAAUGAAUCACUAAUCACAUUAAAAUAAAUCUUCAGAAAUUACUUUGUCAAAGCAACAAAAUAACUAGGGCUUUACAAUGACGGUGAAAACUUGGAGAAAUGUUGACGUUAAGUGGGCUAGAAUCUUAGAAGUCACAGAGGGACAUGUCGAAAUGCUGGAUUUUUUAACAUUCUCCACAUGGUCUCUAUAUUAAAGGACACUUCAUUUAAUAUAGCAGACUUUAAAAAAAAAAAAAAACUUUCUGUCUACAAUUUCUACUUAAUAUAUCAAAGGGAUGCACACAAAAGGUACUCUGUGGAAAGACCAUAAACCUUGAAUGAGUGUGUUUUGUUAUACCUGUCUUUACUCUGAAUGUAUUAGUACUUUGUAUCCUUUAAAAAAAAAACUGUGACACUUAAACACAGCCAUACAACCAAAUAGGUAUUUCAAUAGCUAUAAGGUUUUUGAGUUUUAGAUUGUUAAAUCCAAAUUGCACAAUCUAAGUAAUACAUUCUUUAGAUUGGUUUAUACAACAACAACAAAAAAAUGUUUAAACACUAGCUGCCUACCAUUGUAGAGCAUGGACCUAGAUAUUGUAUUUGCUGUAACCUUUUUCUGUCUGAUAUUAUUCACAAACUUUUAUUAGAUUCGCUGCGAGCCCUGUUUCUUUUGUCUAUCUGCUGAACCCCUCGCGCUCCUCUGUUCCAUUCGCCAUGCGGUCGCGCGCACGCGGUCGGUAGGAUUCCGGGGGACGUGUUCGACUACUUUGAAAUUACAUUCUUCCUUCCUCCUACGCUCUUCUCCUUGAGGUUAUAAUUGAUUUGACAAAGUUUGAAAGGAAAAAUCUAUCUAGUGGUAUCACUUACUCUCACAUAUCUAAUCAUGUAAGAUCAGUGAUCGCCACAAGGAAGGAAAGAAGUUUUGAUAGUUCAAUCUCGAACACGGUCCAGUUCCUCUGAAACGAAGGGGAUUUGCGCUGCCGCGUGCUCGCGCCCGCCCCAGCAGGCACCACUGAUUGUUGACAAAGACGCCGCGAGACGGAGAAGAGAGCCCGAACCUUGGUUUUAAGCCACGGGAGGAAUACGGUUGAAGACACCGUCCGUUUACGGAGAACGAGGAAGGAGCGCGCGAUUGUCUUGAAAAUCAACCUUAUCGGACUGGCGCGUGAAGAAGAGUACCCCCCCGGCUAACCACAUGCACCUUUACAUACUUACACCGACAGAAUGAUCACAGUGGGCCGGGAUGGGUUGGUGUCGGUGUGAUUAACGUCAGUCUCAAGGAGUCUUCCAUACCUAGAAGAACCAGGAGGACGGUGUCCAGGCGAGGUCUGGCCGGGCAUGGUGUGAUCUGAGUCGGGCAGCCAGUCUGGGUCUGACCGGUGACCACCCGUCCGUUCCCCGGAGCCUGCGUGGCCCCAAGCCGCGUCCAGAGCCUUCCAAGAUGGGGAAGUGUGACGGGAGAGUUACACUGGUGGCGAUAUGUUCACUGCAGCUGAUGGCAGCGCUCCAGAGACAGGUGUUUGACUUCCUGGGCUACCAGUGGGCUCCUAUCCUGGCCAACUUCCUCCACAUCAUGGCCGUCAUACUGGGGAUCUUUGGAACCGUGCAGUUCAGAUCCCGCUACCUCGUAUUGUAUGCGGUGUGGUUAGUGCUGUGGGUGGGAUGGAACUCCUUCAUCAUCUGUUUCUACCUUGAGGUGGGACACUUGUCUCAGAACAGGGACUUCCUGAUGACGUUUAACACGUCGCUGCAUCGGUCCUGGUGGAUGGAGCAUGGCCCUGGUUGCCUAGUAACACCGGUGUUGGACUCCCGCAUCGCCCCUGACGACCACCAUGUCAUCACCGUCUCUGGCUGUCUCCUUGACUACCAGUACAUUGAGGUGCUGAGUGCCGCGCUACAGGUCCUACUGGCUUUGAUUUCAUUGGUGGCUUUGAAUCCUAUGGUUACCAGCCUCCUCAGAAGACCUCACACCUCCAACUGCAGCCCCUCUACACGGCCGGGUAGGGGAAGGGGGCGCCCCCAUCAGACCACACCUCAGCGGUGAAGCUGGGUCGCCUUGGGAACAGAGCACUCACUCUCCGUGUCACAGUACAACUGAAAGAUGGACUCACCUGUGUGUGUUUGUGAGACCGUGUAUGUGUGUGGUAAUCGAGGGUAAACUGACAGAUACCCCUGAGGUGAAUGUACAGAGGACAGGGUGGAACCAGCCAUUCUAUGGGGAGGGGGGGGGGGGGACACUGGGCGUGGUCACUUGUUAAUGGACACGGAGGAUAUUGAGAGGACACUCUGCACCUGCCGGCUCUUUGCACUCCUAGGACCCUGUGUGUGUAGUUCUAAAGGACUAGCUGAAUGACCUCUGAACUAUUGUGGGAGGGGCCUCAAGUCACAUGGGGCACAGCUCUUCAUGUGGUCAUUUUAGAAUGUGAGGUCAUAAUAGAACAAUCGUACCCCCAAUCCCUAAUCUUGUCCCUAAUUCUGUUGUGACAGGGUGACCCUGUGUACUCACAAUCACCGCAAAAAAGCAGAAGCGGUUUUGUCGCGAUUGUGUGUACACUGGGUUAAGUGAUCUGUUAUGGACCAAUUUUAAGGAUUGGGCUUUAGUGUCUCUGGGGAAAGAUGUGGGGAUUCUGUGCAUGUAAAUAUCCGGCUGAUUGGUUGUUUUGUUUUUGGGGGUGGGGAGGGGGUUGCGUAGCCACGCCCCAUUACGUUUCGUCUCUCACCUUUUUCACGACCAAGAAUCAUCCUUGAUGACUUUAGAAAUGCUUCCUCCCUCCACCUUACUACCCUUUCUUCUGUUAUUCUCCCUCCACACUUUUCACUCCUUCCUUUCUUCUGUAACGAAAUCACUGGUCUUACCUGAUGAUAUUAAUGUAAGGAAUAAAAGGACACUGAUUUAUUUCACCACCAUACAAUAGGUCAUUGUGGUCAGAAAUGUCUGGCGGAGGACAGAGGUGGAAGACUGUAUUUCUGAAGUGGUUUCCUGGGUAAGACAGACUGGUGUGUUAGGAGACAUUGGGAAGGGGGUUGGUGAAAUAAAUAAACUGUUUCUAAAUUAAA